AUGCCUAUAGCCGAGGUUUUUCUCCUCCAUUUCGACGAUGUGGGCGUGGGGAGCAUCAUCCGAUCGCAAGAGUCCAAUCUCAGCAACAUGCUCGCUUUCCAUGCGGCCGACGUCGGCCUCGUCAAUACAUUCAUUGCGGACGUAUUCGACGGCUAUGGACGCUUCCGAGACCAAGAGACCCUGGUCAAUAAAGAAGAGGGCGUCACCGACACACAGCUGCUCCUACGGAUAUUGGGCUACCAGUACGACAGGGAAGGAGGUACGAAAGAGGUGCACGACGAUGCUGUCGAAGCAGAUGAGCUUCGUUUCAGACGUACGCCGGACGCUAUUUCUACCCAGUCCACUGAGGCCGGUCUGCCCAUCGUAGCCCCGGCAACAGAGGGACCGUACAGUCCUUCGAAUGGAUAA